AUGUCCAACGCAACUUCAGCAAAACCAAUGGUCAAUCCACUCCUCAGAUCACUAUACCCAGCAUCGAUAACCUAUCCACCAAACUCAUUCAUCCGACAAGAUGAGAAUGCAGACUCCCAAUGGUACUCCCAACCCCGUUUCGUCCAACAUAUCGACGACGGCGCAAUCAGCACCCUCAAAGACUACUACUCCACCAUCAUCAAACCCGAACACUCAGUCCUCGACCUCUGUUCAUCAUGGGUCUCACAUCUCCCAGACUCACUUGAACCAAGCAAAAUGAUAGGGAUCGGCAUGAACGCGCCAGAACUCCAGAAAAAUGCUCAUUUAACGAAAUACUACGUCAAGGAUCUAAAUGAGAAACCGGAAUUCAAAGAGAUGGAGGAUGAGAGUGUGGAUGUGGUUAUUUGUAAUGUGAGUGUAGAUUAUCUUACGAAACCUAUUAAAGUGUUUGAGGAGAUGAGGAGGGUGUUGAAGACGGGCGGGACGGCGCAUAUGGCGUUUAGCAAUCGGUGUUUUCCGACGAAGGUUAUUGGGCCUUGGAUGAGUAUGGAUGAUGAAGAAAGGAGGAAGUGGGUUGGUGGGUAUUUUUGGGCUAGUGGUGGGUGGGAGGAUGUGGAGGAAGUCGUGCUGAAGGAGGGAAAGGCGUCGUUUUGGGGGGGUGAAGAUCCCCUUUUUGUGGUGAGGGGGAGGAAAGCUGGUCUGAAGGGUUGA